CGCACGUAAUUGGAAAAAUAAAAAUUACACUACACAAUAACUUUAUACACAACCGCCCCUUGUAUAAUAGAAGAAAAGCGACAUGCUGUAUUUCACAGCCAUUUUACCGGGAGCAUUUUGCGCAGCUGCCAGUAUUUACCUGUAAUUGUAUCAGGAUCUAUGUACUGCACUACUGCAGUAGUACUAGUACUUCCUCUACUACGCAGUAUUUCCAUUUACUGCGCUGUCUUUGUCCUCAAUGCGUAUCGUUACAUAGCAUUUCCGAAACGGUACUGUGCAGCCAGAUUUGCAAACCCAUGCCACCCAAGAGAGGAGCUGUGGCACCAUCAACACAACCACCAGUCAAAAUGAUAAAGAUUGGCUCAGAAAUACAGGACUUUGGCUGUGACUCUGGGGAGGAUAAAUUCAGAUUCAGUGAGGCACCCAGCUACUCACCGCUUCAAGAGGGCGAACCUGCUGACUUUGAAGAAGAAAGUAUUGCAAGUCCAGGGAUCAGAACCGACACGAUAAGUCUUCUGAUGAAAAUAGAGCAGCUGCAAGCACAACUAAAGUACGAACGCAGGUGCAGGAUUUUGGCUGAGAGAGAACUGAGGGAGCUGAAAGAGAUGAACACACUCAUGAUGCAGAUGAGGCACACGGCGCACGAGCUGCGAGUUACUCUGGACCACGUGCGACAGGGAGGUGAUGCAGCAGUGGCGCAGCACAACGCUGAAGACGAAGCCAUCUCUUUUCUCUCUGAGCCUGAGGGGGAGAUGAGAAUGCUGCAUCAAGUCCCAGAGGAAGAUGACAACUAUCUGUAUCUCUCCGAGGGCUUGAGAGUUCCUAAGAAUCUGUAUGAGCGCAUCUCCGAGAUCACAGACUUCAAGAAGUACACGUCAGCCCUGCUGAUGAUGCUUUUCGACAGAGAAACCUUGGCCACGCACUCUCUGCAAGGCCGCAGGACCAACGUCACCGGGGAAGACUGCCAAAAGCCACAACUCCCACCUGAUAUCUUGAGAAGUAUUAUCGAUCACGUGGGAAUCAAGUUUGGUGUCGAUAACAGCCAAAUAAAAACUGCAAUCCGGACGAAACUGAAUAAUGAGGACAAAUUACUGAAGAAAAGACUGGGACUGGGCAGAGCUGAACCCAGAGUUGUUGUGGAUCAGAGCUCUUGCCAAGAUGCUGCAAUGCUAACUGAAAAUGUUGUGGUAAAAAAUGAUGAGUGUCACUUAUAGCUGAUGGGAGGAGUUGUGUUUUUUUGGUCUGCUGUUCAUCUGUAUUUCAUGGCAGGUAGCUAUGUUUGACAGGUUGCCUUUUUCAAUCAAUAUGCCUCAUAUAUUUGGUAUUGAGAUCUAGUCUUUUAAUUGAUAUCGAAACUGUUCUGAUGCUGUUUACAAUCGUACAUUUUGUUUUACUGUAAUUCACAGCUGCUAAUGUUCCCCCACCUGUACCAGUGUGAGGUUUGACCUGGGACUGAACCAAGCCAUUGAUUAACAUUGUAAAAUGUCACAAACGCAUGGAUGUCAAUGGCAGAAUGAACCAGGCUUCCUUAUUUCAUGAAAAGUUUACACAUUUGAGGUAAUAGGUUGCCGAUGAUAUCUGGUUAUUUAGAAAUAACAGGUUUGUUGAUCUGUGUCAGUCCAUAUAUAUUCACUGAGUAGCGUCUCCAAUCAGCUAGCAUAUGUAAGUGGAGGAAGGACAUUUAAAAUGCCAUUUUCACUGUUAUAGGGAUAUGUUGUUUAUGACAAUUUCUGGAUUACACCUAUACCAAAUGGUACCUAUGGUUGUUGCAAAGUGUGCUUUAAGUGGUAAAUGAAAUUCUUGCCUCCACAACACCAUCACGUCACCUCUGUGUUUGUUGUGCUUUCCUACCUUAAGGGCCAAUAAACUUUUCAAUAUC